CUCUACUCUAACAAACGACUGACUAUCCCAAGGGCAUCAAAAGAAAACUCAAAAGCCGCGUGAAUCUGCGUUUCUCAUAUCCUGUUGUCAAAGACUGGAACCCCUUACCUCAACAAGUAGUAUCAACACCUUCUGUCAAUGUGUUCAACAAGAAACUAGAUCUUCACAGAGAUAUCUUCUGCAAGGAUUAACUCAGGCCAACUGGCCUACUAUCUUGAAACUGAACUGAAAACUGUUUUGAAGGCUGCGUUACACUCUGUGUGGUAGCAGUAACUCACCAGAAUAAUCCGGGAAUGCUGAUCAAUAGAACAGUCAAUUGAUACGUCGUUAUAUCCAUGUCACAUCAUUCUCUGGGGAAAGACGAUGGAUGGUCAGAACAUGGCGGAUAUAUGCGUGCUAAAAAGACGAAGUUGGAAAAAACAAUUUAAUGAACAAAGCGUAUCAGGCCCUCCAAUUUUUGGUGGUGUUUCUAUCUAUGUUAAUGGUUAUACGGAUCCUCCGGCUUCAGCUUUACGGGACUUAAUAAUACGUCACGGAGGUCGUUACCAAGCAUAUUACAGUCGUCAUCUGUCACUCAUGUAAUCGCUAGUCGAUUACCUUAUGGUAAGAUAAAUAAACUGUCAGAUGAGAAACUGGUUACUGCGGAUUGGAUUACUGAAAG